AUGGUGCCGUUGCACCAUGGCGGGGCCUCCCGCGACCCCAUCCUACGAAAAUGCAACAUCGCUGUCCCCAAGCACCUUGCCCCAGUCCAGGCCUGGGUGGAGUCCCUGAAACAUUACGAUGCCCUAUUUGAGGGUUUGACCGAUCUGCACCCAGACGUGUUUGCUGUAAUGCCCCGCAUUGAUAUCUUGCAUGCAGUGGCCAUUUGGCAGAAGAAUUUCAAAAGAAUUAGCUACGCCAAGACCAAGUCGCGAGCGGAGGUGCGUGGGGGCGGCAAGAAACCCUGGCAGCAGAAGGGAACCGGACGGGCCCGGCACGGAAGUAUCCGCUCGCCGUUGUGGCGCGGGGGUGGCGUGGCCCACGGCCCCCGUGGCCCCAAGAGCUACUACUACAUGCUGCCCAUGAAGGUGCGCGUCCUGGGCCUCAAGGUGGCUCUGACGACGAAGCUGAUGCAGGACAACCUGCACAUCAUCGACUCUCUGGAGAUACCAACUUCAGACCCCCAGUAUCUGACGGACCUGGCCCAUUACAGGCGCUGGGGGCAAUCGACGCUGAUUGUGGACGUCAAUGAGAUACCGGAGAACAUCAAGUCUGCCACGAGUCGUCUUAAAACCAUCACAGUCAUUCCGGCGAUAGGGCUGAACGUGCACAGCAUACUGAAGUAUGAGACGCUGGUGCUGACCCUGGAUACGGUCUCCUUCCUGGAAGAGAAGCUGCUCUGGCACGACGUGCGGUACAGCGCGCUGUACCCUUUCCGGCUGCCCUACAGUGACUUCCCGUAGCAUUUUGCGGCAGAGACGGACUGGGCCAGGGAGAGGCCACCGGUGCGGAAGACGUUUCCCCUUGCCUACGCCGAAGCUGACUUGUCUGCCGAAGACCUCGCCCGUCACUGGGCAGAGAUGAACUGCCCGCUCCACCCAAAAAAGAGAGAGAAAUCUAUUUAAAUUAAAAGAAAAAGGUGGGGCGUUGCAUUGGGAGAAA